AUGACAUCCAUCAAUGGGAAGCCUGAAAAACCAAGAUCUACUGAGAUAGAGAGCAGGUACCACGCUGUAUGAAUUUGGCUGCUUCCAUUUCCCUCAGCCCCCUCUGAGUAUGUAAGGGAUGAGAGAGGGCUGCUUGCUGUGUGUGUUUGUAUAUUAAAAAGUGUGUAUUUAUAUGCAAUAAGCAGUCUGUGUGUGUGUGAAUUUGUGCAUGUGUUUGUAUGUAUGUAUUAGGCAGUCUGUGUGAAUUUGUGCACACAGUAGGCAGUUUGUGUAAGUGUUUGUAUGUAUUAGUCUGUGUGUGUAUAUAUAAUCAGUUUGUGUGUUAGGAAGUGUGUGUGCAUGUGUAUGCUUUAGGCUGUCUAUGUGUGUAUGCAGAGGCGUAGCAAAGGGGGGACAGAAGGGAACAAAUGUGUAUCAGCAGUGCCUGGAGCAUAAAGAGAUCAGUUGUUACAGUGCACAACGGACCCCUACAAUUUGUGCAAUGGCGACAAACUUUCACAAAAAAGGGAAAUCCAACCAUCAGCAGAAACUUCUCCUGCCGCCGUUCGUUUCUCUUUUUGAAAUGCUGAAGUUUGUUGUUGCUGUUGCUCAUGAUGUGUAUGCUAGAUCGUCCGAUACAAGUAAAUGAUUAAUAAGACAAGGCUCUUGAUUCACUUUCCUACUAACAAGUCUUUACUUAGUUCAAAAACAGGAGAAUUAUUCAAGACAAAAUUGCUAAUAUUUUGUGACUCAUCCAAGUAAGUCUUUAUGGAGCAUUUUAGUUACGAAGAAAGGUUAACAAAUUUAAACUGCUUUAGUUUGGAAAAACAGCGCCUGAGGGGAUAUGAUAACAUUAUCCAAAUAUAUUCGGGGCCAGUACAAACCUUUAUCUGGAAAUCUAUUCAUAAACAGGGCUAUACAUAGGACACGAGGUCACACAUUUAGACUGGAAGAAAGGAGAUUUCAUCUAAGGCAAAGGAAAGGUUUUUUUUUUUUACAGUAAGAGCAAUAAGGAUAUGGAAUUCUCCGCCUGAAGAGGUGGUUUUAUCAAAGUCCAUACAGAUGUUUAAACAGAGAUUGGAUAAAUACGUCCAAAAUCAUAACAUACAGGAAUAUAUUUACUAAUUAGUGGGGUAAAAGCUGCAUGAUAAAAGUAGAUAUCUGACUGACAUUUUGGGGUCACAAAGGAUUUUUUCCCUACUUUGUUGCAAAAUUGGAAGCCCUUCAGACUGGGUUUUUUUGCCUUCUUUUGGAUCAACAGCAAAAACAUAUGUGAGGAAGGCUGAACUUGAUGGACGCAAGUCUUUUUUCAGCUUUGUAACUAUUGUGAUGUAAUUAUCACCUCCAAAAAAGAUUGCUGCUGAUGCCAACAGUGGAGAAUUUGCAGUUGUUUGCAUCUUUCGCAAACAACUGCGCUCUUUGAAUAAGCCCAAUUGUACUGUUUUUAUUCUGAUUUGUAUAUUAUAAAUAUGGUACUUGUCACUUCUGAAUAUGUAUAUAUUUAUAUUUAUUUUCAGCAUUAUGGUUUAGUGGGGUUAUAGCCCUCCCCAGUUUUAACUGACAUCUUAUAUGCCCCUCCAAACCAUGUAUUGUUCCGAGAGUCACCACUAGGGAUACUUAAGAUGUUGUGUAUGGUUAUUUCAUUAAUCAUUCUCUGGCUGGUGAGAGUUAUAGUGCAACAACAUCCUGAAAACCGGUACUCCUGUAGGAGUAGGUGCAAUCUGCACACCUUGUCUUUUUACAGCCAGUUUCCGUUUACACAUUUUUAUUUGUCUUACAGCAUUGUUGGUCUCUAUAUGUCUGUAGUCCUGGUUAUUGGGAAAUUCAUCAGAGAAUUCUUUAACGGGAUUUCCCGCUCCAUCAUGUUUGAAGAGCUGCCCAAUGUAGAUCGCAUCCUAAAGCUUUGUACGGACAUCUUCCUCGUCAGAGAGACUGGAGAUUUGGACCUGGAGGAGCAACUCUUUGCAAAACUGAUCUUCCUGUACCGCUCUCCUGAAACCAUGAUUAAAUGGACCAGGGAGAAGGAGGAGCAUUAA